ACUGGCUGUCACUAACGAGCGUGCUGAAUGGUUAGCACGUAAUGCUCGACUACUGGUCGGGUCUCAAUCUCUCGGGACACUCGCCACUAUAAGGCCGUCAAAUGCUACUGAAGUGCCCGGUGCACCAUUCGCACUUAUGGAGUAUUACGCUCCAUGUUAUCCGAAUGGCUCACUAGCUCUCAUCCUCGUUAAUAUCUCACAGAGUGCCACCAAUAUAUGGGCCUCACCGACACACGCCGCUACAUUCACAAUCCGGGCACCCUUGUCACUGUCGCCAGUAUCAAAGCCCCGUGUAGCACUCAUCGGUUCAGUCAGUGCUGUGGGACCAGACAACGAUCUCGACAGCCUGGAAGAAUGCUAUGUUGACAGACACCCAGAUGCCACCUCGUGGAUACCAGGGAAGUCACCAUUUCAAGACGUCCAAUGGGCUCGAUUUGAUCCUUCCAUCAUAUAUUAUGUUGGCGGGUUCGGAGGCGUUCACUAUAUUGGUUGGAUUCCGUUAGAUCUAUACCAACGGUCAGGAAACGAGGCUUUCACGCCGCAGAGGGAGAAUGGGGAUUCCUAUCCAUACCUUUUAUUGGAGCAAUGAUAGCUCGAGCCCGAGAAUGCAAUGGCACGACUGGCAUGAGCCAAGUGGUUCUCGUCUCCACAGCCACAAAUCAAUGACCCGAACCCGCAGCUCAAGAUUUUGAAGUUUCCCACACGUACAAACACUACUGUGAAAUUG